AUGAGUUGCCUCCCUGCUUGCUUCGGAGUCAGAGGUCCUCGUGCAGAUACAGCAGCUAUGAAAAGACAAAACUCUAGUCAGGAGCAUGAGGUUAUUGAGCUACAAGAAGAUAAUGACAUGGAGGAAAAUGACGCUGAUCAUGGCAAUCCUUUAAAUGCUCGAACACGAAAGGUGCAAGAUCACUGGAAAUCAUGCGGGAAUAUAGUUUUCUGGAAGUGUAAACUAUGGAUGGUUAUAACUACAAUUUUUCUAGUAUUCUUCCUGGUCAUUCUCAUCAGCCUAAUUCUUUAUUCUAACGUUUACACAGAUGAAGAUGACUAUUGGGAUUCUGAUGCACUACUAAAUAGUGGAAUUUAUCGCAAUUUUUCGGGAACAUUGGAGUUAAUGUGUGGUCUCCCACAGCUUUUCGCUGAAGACAUUACUAAGAGGUUAACAGAUGUCUACAGUUCAUCUCCAGCUCUGGGACGCUACUUUAGAUCAGCUCAAGUGGUAUAUUUCAGUAAUGAAAGCUCCAUUGUAUCUUAUCAGCUAGAGUUUUCUGUACCACCAUCAACAGAAGGGUUUAUGGAAAACACAAUGAACCCAGAUUUUAUAAGGAAUGUUCUACGACAAAAUAUUUAUGAUGAAGAUGAUGCUUUUAAUCCUGGGACAUCUGAAUGUAACAGGUUAAAGCUUGACCCAACUUCUCUCACAUUAACAUGUAAGUACUGUACAUUCUAG